AUUGAUGUGUAUUGUGUAUGUAUAUUUUAGAAUAUGUGUUAGUAGAUAUAACGCUGCAUUGUCAAUAGUUGAUACAGAUGAGAUGUGGGAUAAGUAUUUAACCACUAUGAUCAAAAUAAUAUCUGAUGCUGGUAUUACAGAAAUGUAUAAAAUAUGUUUAAUUAAAGAAUCUAUACACUGUGCUCACAAGAAAAAUAAAUUGAAACCAAAUCAUUAUAUUCGUUUGAUAAAUAAUUCAAAAGGUUCAUGACCCUGGACAUUAUAGAUUGGGCCAUCGAAGCAUAUCCAAAUGACAUGGGUAUCUUAGAAGUGAAUAUAAAAUUUAAGCUAACAGAUAAAGAUGAUCUUAUUGCUUACGAGUUAUUUAAAGCAAAUGCUAAUAAAGUUUCAUCCGCAAUGUGGCUUAUAAUAAUUCAAUAUUUUUCAAAUAAACCACAGAUAAGGCAUAUUUUCAACAUGGCAUUUGGAGAUAAAUCUGUGUGUUCUAACAAAGUAAAAAAAAAGCUUGCAAAUGAGUAUUUGUUGUGGUUAAGCAAAAAUAAGUCUUUGAAUGAUGCUCGAAAUGCAUACUUGUUGUUAAACACAAACAACAGUUGUGAUGCAAGUCUGUGCAAGACUUUGGUAACUCUAGAAACCGGACAACAGAUAAUAGACGUCAGCAAGAUUAGACAGCAUUUUACAUUAGCAUGCAUGCAGUUUGGUAAAACCGAUAUCGAUUUGUGGAUAGAACGAAUUAACUUUGAGCUAAAGUAUGGGUCACGAAAACUUGUUUCCACAACAUAUCACCAAGCGUGGACAACAUUGAAUAAUGCAGAGUCUGGUCAAUUUGCUGAAAUACUGAAGGCGAAUUCUACGUUAAAUACAAUUUGUAACCCUUGAUAAUUACAUAAUAAUAUUAUAAUAUUUACAUUUCAAGAUUAUAUAAAAUAUACAUUAUUAGGUAUAGUCUGAAGUCUUAAGGCCAUUCAUUAAAAAUAAUUAUAUUUUUAAACAUUGCUAUGAAAUUCUUUUAUGAAUAUCAUUAUCUAUUAUUUGUAUUCCUUGGGAUCUUUCUUCUAUAGUACUGUUUGUUAUAAAUAAAUUACCUUUUCAAUUUUUCAAACCAAUAUAUUAUUUAUUGCCUUGAUAUUUUUUUUUAUACUUUAUCAUCUAUUAAAUAAGCACAACACAUAAACUCAAAAACUCUUGUACAAAUCAUUA